CACUCUCAUUCUUAACGUAACUAAACCUAGUGCGGCUGAGAUGAAGGGAGUUUACAACAAUGAAGAAGAGGAUGACGACGAUGAUGAUGAUCGAACUAGUUUUCCACAUGAAUCCUCUUCAUCGAUUUUCAUAGUUGAAUCAAUGAAUCCCCAAGUUCGUUUACUAGGCCCGGAGACUACGAAGAUAAUUACAGACACCAUUGGCGAUCUUUUAAAUCCAGCGUACCCGACGUGGGGGUGGGGGGGUGAUAUCCUAAGCCGCUCAAGCAACAAAUCUUCAAUGAUUUUAAGAAAAAGUGUGUAUGGUUUCCCCACCAUGGCAAAUAGGUUGCUACUAACUUUGAAAAGAAAGUAAGGUAUAGGCUAGUCGAUUUAUUUUCAGCCACUCGCAGGAGAGGUAUGAAGGCCAGGUGGUGUCUACCCAUUAUGAGAAAAUCUAUACAGACACUGGGCCACUCAUGAGAAGCUUACGCAAAGGAGCAAAUUGGAAAACAAAGCCAGAGCAUCUGAGAGAGAUGACUCCUUGAGUAGUAGGAUAGGUGAACUAGGUUCUAGUGCAAAACUUGGGUGAUGUUUCUAAUGAGAGCCUCUUACAUGAUAUAAUUCUCUCUCUCUCUCGUUAUCUUACUUGUCAUAUGGAAGAGGAAGGUUAUUACUGAGAAAUUGAGUAUCAAAUUGCAUUUCUUUGUAUGAAUCUGUGGAUCCUAUGAUUGCGGUGAUUAUUGAGGUUGAUUUCAUACGAGGCAUGCAUCUCAUAUUUCAUAUGUUAUUUGAUGUGAUUAUCAUCUAGUUGUAUCUCUGUCACAUACUAUCUCCCUCAUCAUAUGAAAGGGUAGGGUAAUAUUAAUGAUUGAACCGUGGACAAUGAUAUGACUUGUACUUGUUGAUUGCAUAUUGGUGAUAUUGUUGAGACUGAUAUCAUGCAUGAAAUUCUUCCAUAUUACUCUUAUGUUGUCUGGAUGGUGAGACGAGUGACUGAGAGAUUCCGAGGUCUUUGCCGAAUAUUGAGAAUGAUUGAUAGCUUCCGAGGUUUCUACUAGAGAGCAAGAGUGUUACAUGGACUUCGUGGGUCCUCCAUAGGUCAUGACUAUGAGGCAUUGCCAUAUCAUGUGUGUACGAUAGUGGAGCAUGAGAGGUGACUGUUGCAUUGCAUAGCAUGACAUUGCAUUGCAUUGAGCUCAAUUUGAAUUGCUAUUCAU